CUCUAAACUUUUAGUAUUUGGCCACAAAUUUAAAAAUGAUCACCGCCAACUUAUCGGUGGAGAAUAACGUUUAUCGCCAAACGGCCGCCCACAUCGUUUUUAAGGGGAAAACAUCCCGCUAUUUUUAGCUAAUAUUGAACUGUUCCUCCGUCAUGCUCGGGCCAAAACGAGAUCAUACUCUGAGAAGAAAAAGAUUGGUGGAUGAAGAAAAGGAAUGUCUUGUUUCCAAGUUUUUUCUCCUCUCCUGUGAGCUCGUUUUACGUGUGGUAAUCUUCCAAGCUCUGCCUCGGGUUGGUUAGUUGCCACUUUAAACCUGACUUCCAGCGAACACAGAUCGUGGUUGUGUCUGAGUCCUGGAAAGGUGGCGAGCUGAGGAUAAACACAGUCCUCAACAUGAUUAAGCAAUCCUUGUCACCAUCUGCCGUUUUCCUACUGACACUGGCUUCGUUAAGCUCGAUCUCUACAGGUGUCAGUGGAGGCACUUUGAAAGAUGCCAACUAUCAUGUGGCCACUGGAAAUCAAAUGAUCCUCCGGCAAGAUGAUGGCCAAGUUAAAUUUGGUGUCAAUACGGGCAAUUCGUAUCGAUCUGAAAUGAGACAACCCACCGGCGUGGUCAAAGGUGUUUAUAGUUGGCUGAAACCUGAUGGUUCACCGCAAACCAUUGCCUAUGCUAACGACGCCAAUGGAUAUCGAGCAAUCCCGGUGAAUCAGAUGGGCCUUCAGUUACCCGCAUUCCCUUACAGCUUGUACCAUCCUGGUCAAGCCCAUCCCCGGACUCACACAGCCAAAGUUACCGAUGACAUGGUGGUGAUCGAGGGAAACCCAUUGGGUACAACUUAUGGGGUCAGAGGAGACGAUCAGAAUCAGUCAUCCGAUGAGCCGAUUGAAAAUGAAGCCAUUGUUGUCGAGGCUGGGGGGCCCGAUGCCUCCGAGACCGAGGAAUCCGACCCUGGCCAAAUCCCCGACUUAAGUCAAUUUAUCCCAGUGCCCUUUCGACCUGGCCAACCCGUGGCCCAAGCCUUACCCGAGGCCUCCUCCAUCGCCGGCGAUUUUGGAUUGGCCCAAUCCACACCCGGUGCCACUGCCAUUGCUGGCGUUGGCGGCAUUGCUAUUGCAUUGCCCUUGGCCGAGGCCAUUUCGGGUAAUGGUGGACUCGCCUUGGGAUCUGCCAGCGCCAACAGCCAAGUUCAAGAUGAUGGGAUCGCCCUUUCAGGCGGAAAUACCUUGGCUGUGGCUGGGGUCAGACCUCUGGAUGUAACUGGUGGCGUCCAAAACAAUGAAAAUGGUUCAGGUUCGGCCCCUCCUGCUAGCUAUCAGAUCCACGUGCCUAAUCGAGCUAAUGUUGCUGUGUAUCCUGUGGUCUCCAAUCACUACUAUGGCUCUCCUCCAUACACCAAACAAUACUCUUAUCAUCAACCAGCUUUGAUGUACAAUCAUCAACAAUCUCAGUAUCAUUAUAACCCACAGCUACAACAGCAGCAACAACAACAAAAACAACAACCCUUCGCCCAAGGUUACUUUCCUUUUGUGUCUUCCAAAUCUACUAACCAAGCGAUCAACCAAUUUGGAAUCCCAUCUCAAAUCCAAUACAAUCAUCCGACAAAUACGAACGCCCAGGCUCCUUCCCCAGCUGAAGACCGAUCUGGAGACUUCUAUCCUUUGCCAUUCUCAAAGUUGAAGAAUCAUUUGGGCGCCAAGACAUAUCAAGCAACAGACUCGGUAACCAAUGUAGCCCAGAAGAAAUUUCAUCCCAAGAAGUACAGCGUGUCUCGGCGAACUUAUUCCACCGGAAACAAGUGAAUGACACGGAAAGGCGAAACUUUGUAGAUGGGAACAGGGACACACUUGAAAUAUAAUUCUUACUUUCUUUGA